UCCGAGUCAGCCAUCAGAGCGUCCCGUUUCCAUCUGUUUUCGAUUUCGGGGUGGAUGAGCGAGCGUGGUGUGCCCGUAUCCGUCUUUCAUCGUGUAUUGUCAGACAGGGUCAAAAGGCAGUGUGCAGAUCGGAGUGGACAUCUCAUGAGUGCCUGUGUCACCGUCACCCACUACUCGAAUCCUGAUGAGACUAUCCUGAGGGCAUUGCCACGUCAGCAGUGCCAGAUCAGCUGUGCCACGUCAGCAGUGCCAGAUCAGCUGUGCCACGUCAGCAGUGCCACGUCACAGUGCCAAGUCACAGUGCCACGUCAAAGUGCCAAGUCACAGUGCCACGUCAGCAGUGCCACGUCACAGUGCCAGAUCAGCAGUGCCACGUCCACAGUGCCAAAUCAGCAGUGCCACGUAAGCAAUGCCACGUCAGACACAGUGCCACGUCAGCAUGCGACGUCAGCAGUGCCACGUCAGCAGUUCCACGUCAGCAGUACCACGUCAGCAGUACCACGUCAGCAGUACCACGUCAGACGCAGUGCCACAUCAGCAGUGCCACGUAAGCAGCAUUGCCACCGUUGCCUGACUCAGAUAGAGGCUGAGGAACAACGCCUGCUGGCAGUCGAGGCUGCCCGCAUACAAGCUGAAGAGGCAGCAGCAGCAGAGAAACUGCGGCUACAGGCCGAUGCAGAAGCAGAUGUCCAGGCUCGCCGAAAGGAAGCCCAGGAUCUGCUGCAGGGGCAUGAAGCCAACAGCAUCGACAGACUCAAGUACUGGCAUUUUCAACCGAACGGCGAUGACGCAACACCGGAAGAAAAGCACAAGGAGUUCCUCUCCAAACUCGUGACGCGGUUGUUGUAUGCUUGCAACUACCAAAGGUCAGAGUUGGAGAGACAGCACCGRGACCUGACGCAACAGCAUCAGGAAUUGGCGACGCUCCGCCGCACAGUGCAGAGCCACGAGGAUGCAACUCGGGCACUCAAUGCCCGAUUGUUGGACCUGGAACAGGCAGUACCAGGACCAGCUGCUGGAGCUUCCAGCAGUCCACCCUCAAGCCGCCAACAGGAGGACCGCAUUGACCACGUAGUGGCAAUGCUCGGCGACAUCAGCACCUUCGCUGCGCCGACCACCACCAUCAGCAGUGAGCUGCAUACAUUGAAGACCGAGGUCCAAAAGCUGCAGUCGACGAACGCGGACGACAAUCCGAAGACGUACAAGAUGCCAACUUUCAACCUGGAGAGGUUCGACGACUACACGCCGCAGGAUCCCGUCCUCUGGUGGGAAGCAUUCACAACGCAACUCAGGAUUCUGCCAGUAGCCAAGCAUGCGUACAUCGGCGCCCUGUUCCUGAACUCAAAGGGUGGAUGCCAGACCUGGUUGAGCCACCUGGCAACCUCCCACGACGUCGACGUACCAGACUUGAAGGACGUAAUUACAUGGGAGGAACUGACAUGGCUGUGGAAGAAGCGGUUCAUCGUCGACGACGCGCCGGCACUCGCCAUCAACCGCUUGUUCACCAUGUCACAGCGCAACAUAGCAACACGGGACUGGCUCACGGAGUGGCAGAAGAUUGCGGUUGUGCCCAAUCUGAACCUACCAUUCGAGCAUCUACAUCGUGAGUUCUACAACAGGUCCUGUGCGGCAUUGAGCCAGGCUCUUGGUGAUCGCGAGCAGUACUCAACCUUCGCGGAGAUCAUUGACAAAGCGAGG